AUGAUGACGACCUUCGCCAUCUUGAUCUUCGACCAGGACUUGCCCAAUGGGAAUUUCAGGCGGCUGGAGAAUUCAGGGAACCAAAUUCCCCAAAUCCUGUUCCAUGGAGUUAGGAAUUACAGGGGAUGGAUUCUGGCUCUGACUUAUGGGUACUGCUUUGGGGUGAAAUUGACGGUGGAUAAUGUGAUUGCCGAGUAUUUCUAUGACCGAUUCAAUUUGGACCUCCAGACCGCCGGAAUGAUUGCGGCAAGCUUUGGAUUGGCGAAUUUAAUUUCCCGGCCAGGGGGGGACUUGGGAGGCUCCAUUGUUGUAAUGAUCCUUUUCUCGUUCUUCGGCCAAGCUGCUUAUAGCCUAACCUUUGGAGUCGUGCCCUUUGUCUCCAUAAGGUCUUUAGGGUUAAUCUCGGGCAUGACGGGAGGAGGAGGGAACGUGGGAGCGGUGAUAACUCAGCUGGCAUUCUUCAAACGGUCAAAAUUUUCCAAGGAGACUGGAAUCACAUACAUGUGA